AAAAAAAAAAGAAAGAAAAAAAGAAACAAAUAUGGUGUGGGACCCUUUUCAACAGGACCUUAAAUACUAGUAUAGCCCAAAUAAUUAUAGCUAGCAAUAGUGGGAUAGAAGUUUACAUAGCUAGGAGUUGUCAGCUGUGUGUAACAUUAAAAUUUAUUUAUUCAUUUUUCAUUAUUUUUCAUUUCUCGGGAUUAUUGUAGCAUUUAGGGGAGAGUUUUUCAGGUGUUUAAAAGCAAAGUAGUUAAAAUUCAUAUAACUAGUUUUCAUUUCUUUUAGUCAUGUCCGAUAAUAAUAUUAAUAUUAUUCCUUUAAGGAAAAUCAUUAGUGAACCAUUUGUUAACCAAAUGGAUUUAAUUAAUAAAGCAACAGUUGAAGCUCGUAAUCAACCUUCUUCUCCAUAUAUUAAUAAUAAUAUGUAUGGAAAAAAUAAGAGAAGAGGUCAACAAGGUCAACAAGGUGGUAUUAUUGCAACUAAUUUUCUUCAACAAUAUCAACAAUAUUAUAAUAUGAAGAAUGAAUCCAUGUAUGGUCAACAAUAUCAACAACCGCAAAUGAAAUCUCAAGUAACUGUUCCAGUUUCUACUUAUUCAUCACCUGCUAUGCCAAUUAGUUCUUAUUCAGAUUUAGAUUUCACUCCAAGAAAGGAAUCGAUUUCAACAUCAACUACAACUACAGUUACAACAACAAGAACACCAUCGAUUCCUUCUAUAUUUGGUCCAGAAUCUUCAACUACGGCAUCUACAUACAAAUCUUCUUCAUGGAAUUCUGGUUUAUUCGAUCCUUUCGAACCAGUUGAACUUAAAACUUCAACUAUCAACAAUAGCAUUUUAGGAUCUACUUCUAAUUCAACAACACCCAAUACUGCUACAGUCAGUAAUAUUUGGGGUCCUGAACCAUCAGGUUCUAGGAUAUUCAACAAUACGGUUUGGGCUUAGAUGGUUAAUGGAGCUUUUUUAUUCGUAUGUUAUCAUUUAUUUAUUCAUUUAAUUAAGUUGCGUUUAUUUGUUUUAUAUUUUAAUUUUAAUUUUAAUUUU